AUGGAAGAUCAGCAAGAGAUAGGUGGUGCACAAGCAUUGCUCCAGUUAGGCUCAAAAACCAGAAGUGAUGAUGAGCACGAAGGCAAAAAUGGAGAGGGAGAUCAAUCGCUAAAUAUUUCAAAUAAUGAAAUUAAAUUCAACGAUAAAGAUAUUGACGAUACGAAUGGUGUUAACGGCGACGAAGGCAAUGAAGACGGUGUUGAAUCAGAUGCAGAGCUAGCUGAUGUAAAGACGACUAACCAACAAAUUAAUGAUGCAGUGGAGGCGGCAGUGAUGAGAUAUGUUGGAGGGACAUUAGAUGGUACAGGAGAGAAUACCUCCAAUAAUGGAACGAGAAAGAACAAACGGAAAUUGAACCACGAUGAUAUCAUGUCAAAUAUCAAUGAGUUUAACCAAUGGACUGGAUUUUUGGACGAUGAUAUUACUGACAAUCAGACAGAAGAUUUCAAUUCGUUUGCACAACACCAACCUCAAAAUCAGGCACAACAACCUACGCCGAACAAGAAUCUUAGGAAGAAAAAGAAGAAGAGCAACCAAGUUUCCCAAACACACAAUGAAAUUGACCCAGAAUUAACCGGAUUAGAUUCCUCGGCGGAACAUGAUCAAUUAGUUCAAGCAGCAAUCAUUGAUGCUAGAGAAUUGGCAAAACAGCUUGGAAAUGGCUCACUUCAUGACAGUGAUACUUCAGCUGUUCAUAAUAGUCUAAAUAAUUUACCUCCCCAUCAGGCUCAGCAAGUUAUUGCUGCUGCUACCGCAGCAGUACAGCAAGGCCAGCCAAACCCGGAGUCGAUAGCUGCGAUCAAUCAAUUAGCACAGGCUGCAUCUUCUUUAUCAGGAGAGUUAAACAGAAGCAAUAAAACAAUUCCAAAACAAAGAAAGCUCUCGAAGAUUGAGGAUGGCCUUAUUAAUUAUCAAGCUAUUAAGCCUACGUCUAACUAUCGUAAACCAAAAUUCAAUCAUUUAACGUCCAUUGACUCUUUGGUUGAAGAAGCGUCUGCUCAAGCGUGUAAUUGGUAUAACAACCUUCCACAAACCAAUAGCAGUGGACCACGUAUUUUUUCUCCUGAGGAAAUUUCAGCUGUUGAUCAUUUCAUUACGGGAUAUUGCCAUUUGCACAAAUUGACUCGUCAAGAUAUUUGUAAUAGAAUUUGGUCAAACGAGAGGAAGAAGGAUAAUUUUUGGGAAUCAUUAACUCGUGUGUUACCUUACAGAUCUCGUGCAUCUGUUUAUAAGCAUGUUAGAAGACAGUAUCAUGUCUUUGAUGUUAGAGCAAAAUGGACCAAAGAAGACGACGAACUAUUGAGGAAGUUAGCAUCAACCAAAGAGGGCAACUGGAAAGAAAUCGGUGAUACCAUGGGACGUAUGCCUGAGGACUGUAGGGAUAGAUGGAGAAAUUAUGUGAAAUGUGGAGAGAACAGAGUAUUGAAUAAGUGGUCUGAAGAAGAAGAAAGGAAGUUGAGAGACAUAGUGACCGAUAUGAUGUCUCAUAUUGGAGAUGAUAACAAACUGAAACCAGCAACUAUUAAUUGGACAAUUGUUAGUGAACGAAUGAAUGGGGUUCGUUCCCGUAUUCAAUGCCGUUAUAAAUGGAACAAGCUUGUGAAAAGAGCGUCUGCGGCAAGAGCAUCUUAUAUGAACCAAAGCACAAGGUUAUGGCUUUUCCAAAGAUUACAAAGAUUAGGCUUUCCAACUUUGGAAAGUGUUGACUGGGACUACAUUGUUCAUCUAUACAACGAGGAACGUAAAAAUUCUGCAAAUGCAGAGGAAAAGAAAAACGAUCCAGAUGAGAAUUGGGUAGCAGCUGAUUUCAAAGUUGGAUUUGAAAAAAUGAAAUCUGAAAUAAAAGAUCACAGAAAGAUGUCUUUAGGAGAAGUUUUAGAAAGACUUAUUGAAGAUUUCUAUAUCAGACAAGGCCAGGCCCCUCCACGGACUCAAAACCAGGAUCAUCAUCAGCCACAGCAACACCAGCAUCAUGUUCAGUUACCGUUACACGAUUCUUCUGAUGCUGCGCAUUACACCACUAGUGCACGUCAAGUUCCAAGUCUGGGUCACGUUCAUGAUGAAGAAGACGAUGCAACCUCUAUAGCCAACGCAGCUGUAGCGGCUGUAUCAGCCAGUGUUAAUGGAGACGAUACUCAGCAACAAGAAUAUAGUUUAUGGAGAUAA